AGAUUUAGCUCUAGUUGUGUAGACGUGUCAUUAGACUGCUGGAGGAGAACAUGUCUUGUCCCUAUAUAUAGUGAGUUAAUGCAUGUUGUUGGGAGUCUUUACUUCCCCUCAAGUCAACGAUAAGACAGCGCUUCACGCUUAGAUUGUCACUUUCACCUGCGUUUGUCAGUCACAGCUGAAAUGAGCUGUCGGUAUGCUCGACACGACGCUUUAUUCCCAUUGGCUGUUUAGUGUUUGAGCGGAACGGUAUCAGAGUCCCAUUGGAGAGAAACGCAAACUCGGAAUUCCCGAAGUUGCGAAGUUCGCAAGACGGAUCGCGCCUGGAGAAAUUAAACGAUUACGAACGGAAUAACGCGUGCGCAACGCGACUGACGCCGUUUUGAGCACGGUAAGCGUUUAAUACAACAGCAUCCGUGUGUAUAAUCUGGAAUGAAUAGGUGCUGUGCGGAGCCACAAGAGGGCCAUGUCUGAUAACAGCACCGGCAGCACCGGGUCAUCCAGUAAUAGCUGGACUCUGCUCUCUCCAGAGGAGGCUGCUGCAGACCCUACAGCACCAGUGGAUGAUGGGACAGAAAGUAUUGGAGAUGCACCCAGUCUUUCAGAGGAAAUAGCAGGAAGCUCUUUGGAGGUGAGGUCACAUGACCCCGAAACUCCAAUGGUGGAGACUGUUUUGUCAGAGGAGGGUCACCAGGUCAGUGCAUCACCGCCGAUUUGCCAGGAAACAUCCCCAGAUUUCUUUGAGGAAAUGUCAGCGUCUGGUAAUACCGAGGUCGAGCUUGAUCCGGAGAUCCAUGCUCCUGUCAUCCAUGACACAAUCACCAGUUCUCCCCCAGACAGUGACCUUCUGGGCGCUGUUCCCUUCAGCAUCGCUACAGAAUCAGCCUUCCAGUUUUCAGAAGAGUCUGUCCUCGACGAACCCACUGAAGAGGACGUUGCCGAUAUCUUCCCCGGCCAGCAUGUUCCAGUUCAAGAAAGCCCCGCCCCUGAAUCAGAGCCCAAAAUUACCUCCACUCCUGAACCAUUCAAAGAAAUAAGCUCUUCUCCUGAUACCCCUGUUGUUAGCGCAGACAUAAGCUCCAUUCCUGAAAUUAGUGAUUCAUCUGCACUCCCUGUGCUUGAUAUUCAUGCUGAUGUACAUCCUGCCCCUGAAACCCCACCUCUGGCCCUGCCCUCUGAGACUGAUACAGGAUUUGGCUCCACAGUAGAAAGCCCCACCCCUGACAGCCCUUAUCCAGAAACCAUUGGUUCGGUUGAGACUGAGGAGGAGCCUAAUUUUGAGAAAGAAGACAUAGAGCUGCCUGAGAAAUUCCCAGAUGUUAUCAGAGAGCCAGAAUCUCUUGGUCCUGAUCUUCCAGCGGGCACCUCAGCAGACGAUGAUGGUCUGAGGCUCCGACAUGUGCAACCUACCAUACUGCUGAAGCGAAGCUCAGAUGAGGAGGAAGAGGAAGAGGAGGAGUUCAACCUGCCAGCAAGGAAAGAGGAGAAACGAGGUUUCUCUUUGAAUCAGCUCAUAGUGGGAGCAUUGGUCCUGCUCUGUGUUGGAUCCUUCUUUUUCUCCGGUUCUGUGGUUGACCUAUCUGAUGAUGAUUUUGACGGUACAGAAUUAAGUGACCAGGAUCUUCUUGAUAAACUUGCCCAAGAGAAUAAACAGAUAAAUAUAUUAGAGGCUCAGAUUGAGUCACAGAAAGAGGAGCUGGACCAGGCUCUGAAAAUGGCGGCAGAUAUGCAUAGCACAGAGAAGGGGACGCUGAAAAAUGAGAACACUAAAUUGAAAGAACAACUGUCUGAACUGCCUGGUUUAAAAGAAGAACUACAGACGCUGAGAGCAAGAGUCGCUGAGCUCACAAAGCUAACCGUUCAAGAAGAUCUUCCACAGCAGCUCCCCGACUCUGACCCACCUUCUCCUGCUGAGUCUAGUCCAGAAAUACCUGAGAAACACUGGGACAAGACAGAAGAACUCAAGCGGCAGAAAACUCUUUUGGAGGAGAGCCGAAAGAGGCUGGAGGGAAUGAAGAAACAGGGCUGGAACAAGGAAGGUUUGAGGGAGAGCUUGGUGGAGAUGCAGAAGAGACUCUCGAAGCAGGUGGAUCAGCUGGGAAAGCGGGAAGACUGGAAAAGGAAACACCAUGAACACAAAGGAGAAAAGAAGGAAUGGGGCAGAAAGAAAGAACACGACAGCCGCUGGAAAAAGGACGAGGAGGAAAAGGGAAAAGAGUGGAAGCAUGACAAAAACAAAAGAAAAGACCAUCUCAAGAAGUACAAAGAAGAGUGGGACCACAAAAAGGACGAGAGACGACAAGAAAGGGAAAGGAGGCAGAAGGAAAGACCUUGGGAGGCCAAACCUUCCAAGCAUCAUCAUCAUCACCACCACCACCAUCAUCAUCACCACGAGCAGGAAGACUUCUGGAAACACCAAGAAGAGAAGCUCAGAAGGAACCGACAUCCUGCCGAAGGCUGCCAUGACGUAUCCAGCUGCGCUGAUGCAGAAGGGCUUGUUCCUGUGAAGCUUGUAGAGUUUCAGAACCUUCUCAAGGUCUACCUAAGCAAGCUAGAUGGUGUCCCACAGGAAAGCAAGGAGUCUCUCAGCCGCCUCACCGCCCAGUUCUUCAGCGGCGGCGUUUUCGCCCACGACAGAAUGCUCUUCAGCGAGUUCGCCGAGGACGUCGCGGAUAUCCUAGAAGAUCUGGCAGAUGGUUUAGAAGACAAACAGCACGACAAUGAUUCCCUCGAAGAAGAAAUGGAAGAGUUUGAGAAAGAGGCUCUGCUGCAGUUCGCAGCCCCUUUGGCAUAAUUGCUGCUGCCCCAGGAACUCGAGUGGAAAAAUACAGUGAGGGAAAACAAAAAGAAACAAUCUUACCUGUUACUUUCCCGGACAGUAGAUGUAGUUUAAUGCCUUGUGUGUGAGGAGUUUCUCCCUUCGGAGUCUUGUCAUUAGUGAAGUCCCACAUGUGCGUUGGGUGUUUUGUUGUAAGCUACCUCCGUUAGUCCUGUUCUUCGACGCUAAACCCUUUGACUCCUGCUUGCUGUGUAAAGUGUCAGUCAUCUUAAGCAUUAAGUGUUGCCACAUGAAUGAAACCGCUUCACUUGCAAAUGGAUCAAUCGCAAAUACGGAGUUGUGAACGAGAUUGACACUAAACUGGGUAAGUGCAAUGAGAUCUGUCCCUUUAUAGUCCCAAAAUUGACUUGAAGGAGAAGUUCGCUUCCAGAACCAAAAUUUACAGAUGAUUUACCCCUUGUCAUCCAAGAUGUUCAUGUCUUUCUUUCUUCAGUCGUAAAAAUUAUGUUUCUUGAGGAAAACAUUUUAGAAUGGUUCUCCAUAUAGUGGACUUCAAUGGUGCCCUCAAGUUUGAACUUCCAAAAUGCAGUUUCAAAGGGCUCUAAAUGAUUCGAGGAAGAAGGAUCUUAUCUAGCGAAACGAUCGGUCAUUUUAUAAAAAAAAGUUGACAAGUUAUAUACUUUUUAACCUUAAACGGUCUUCUUGUCUGUUCUCUGUGACACGCAUGCGAACCCUGUAAUCCGGUUCAAUACAGUUAACACAGUUAGGGUAUGUGGAAAACUCCCAUCUCGUUUUCUUCUCCAACAUCAAAAUCAUCCUACAUUGUGGUUUUACCUUCUUUUAGACUAUUUUGAAGCUGGAGAAGAAAACGACCUUGUUCGACAUAACUGUCCUUGACCCAGAUUACACAGAGUUCGCAUGCGCAUCGCAGAGAAUAGACAAGACGAGCGCUUGAGGUUAAAAAGUAUAUUUGUCAGUUUGUUUGGAAAAUGACCGAUUGUUUCACUAGAUAAGACCCUUCUUCCUUAAAUCAUUUAGAGCCGCUUGAAACUGCAUUUAAAUGCAUUUUGGAAGUUCAAACUUGGGGGCACCAUUGAAGUCCACUAUAGAGUGAGAAAUCCUGAAAUGUUUUUCUCAAAAAAACAUCAUUUCUUUUCGACUGAAGAAAGACAUGAACAUCUUGGAUGACAAGAGGGUGAGUAAAUCAUCUGUAAAUUUUUGUUCUGGAAGCAAACUAAGUCUUUAAAAAUGAUGCAGAAUGUCAGAACUUUUAUUUUAGCUAAUUUUUAUGAUUAAAAUCCUGGUUUCUUUGCACCUACCCCAUGAUUUUCGCUUACUAAGCUGGUGUCAAACUGGUUUCCUUUUAAGUUUUGUUUUCGCCAGAGGUUUUAGAGGUCAUUGUAAGCUUUCGCUUUUUUCGGUUUCUACCCCAACUCAAGUUCUAAUGUAAAUGACAACCAAGUAAAAUCUUUGAAUGUGUUUUUUCCUUUUUUUUUUUUUU